AUGGCCUCUACCAAGUUACCUGUCCGGUAUGAGGACCCAGAAUACCAAAAGACACACACAGCACUUUUCAGCAAUUCCACCACGAGGCCGCUGGAACGAACUCUACCACCAGGUGUCACGGAGGCUGAUUUCCAGGCCGCGAUCAAAGAAUUUGUUGCCGCGCUUGGUUCCGAAGGAGUUCUGAUUGGAGAAGCUUUGGUGGAUUACAUUGAUCCUUAUGAGCUCUAUGAGGAUAUCAGUUCUGAGCGGAAAGUUCCGAGUGCUGCUGUCCUGCCUCGAUCUGUCAAUGAGCUCCAGGAAGUGCUCAAGACAGCCAAUAAGUUCGGUAUACCGGUGUGGACAUUUUCGAGGGGGAAGAAUCUUGGGUAUGGAGGGCCAGCGCCUCGUGUCGUGGGAUCCAUUGCACUUGACCUGCACCGUAUGAAUAAGAUCAUAGAGGUCAACGAAGAGUUCUCUUAUGCAGUGGUCGAGCCAGGUGUUACAUUCACGGAUUUAUACGAAUAUUGUGUCAAGAACAAACUCUCGGUCUGGCCAAGCGUGCCAUCAUUGGGAUGGGGAAGCGUGGUCGGAAAUACUCUAGAUAGAGGGACAGGCUUCACGCCGACUGCUACCCAUCACCAAAACAUCUGUGGCUUGGAGGUUGUCCUCGCCGAUGGGGAUAUUAUUCGCACCGGACAGUUUGGCAUAUCUAAUUCAGAAUCCGCACACCUAUCAAAAUUCUCCUUUGGACCCUCUAUUGAAGGUCUCUUCUUACAAAGCAACCUAGGAAUUGUCACAAAGUUGGGCAUCUGGCUGUUUCCACAGCCUCCAGCAUUUGCCUCCUGUACACUUGAUGUGCCAAACAUUGAGGACAUCGAGCAGGUUGUGGAUCUGUUCCAUGAGCUCCGCCAAAGCGGUGUCAUUCCCAACACUAUUUAUGUCUCCAGCAUUGCGGAAUGGUUUUCGAUGAAAGGGCAGCGUGAGGAGUUUUGGACUGAGCCAGGGCCAAUUCCUGCCUGGAGAGUCAAAGAGUUGCAGGAAGAAUUGGGUCUCGGAUACUGGAUCGCUAAAUUCGGUCUUUAUGGGCCAACAAAGAUUGUUGAGGCUCAGCGCGAUGAAAUCCAUCGCCUUAUACAGCAGAGAAUUCCCACGGGUCGUUUCAAUAGUAGUAUUUUUAGCGGAGAACACGGCCGGCCUCUGAAGGCCGAAGACGUGCCACCCGAAGAAGGCGGCUUUUUUGUUGGUAUUCCUUCUCUAUGGAGUCUGCCCAUGGUCAAGUAUAGGCUUCCCCUGAGAGGAGGUGGAAUUGGCGGUCAUAUCGACUACUCCCCCAUUAUACCAAGCUCGGGUAAAGCGGUUCUGGAAUGGAUUAAAAUAUCACAAAAGAUCUGUGAGGACAAUGGCUUUGACUUGUUCUGUGAUUUCUUUAUGCACGAGCGUCAUAUUAUUUUUGUCAACUUCACCACCUUUGACAAGACGAACCUUGAGCACCGCAGCGCAAUUCGAAAGAUCUUUCAAGGGCUCUUCAAGGAGGGCAAGGCGCGUGGUUAUAGUGCGUACAGAACCCACGUGAAUUUCAUGGAUAUCAUUGCCGACUUCUACGACUUUAAUGACCAUGCCUACAGCCGAUUUGUAGAGAAGAUCAAGGAUACGCUUGAUCCACAAGGCAUUCUCUCUCCUGGAAAGCAAGGAAUUUGGGGCAAUCGAUACCGUAACAGCUCCCUCAAAAUCACAUCGGUCCUAUAG